GUCAAGUUGGCUGGAUGUCCUUUGGGUGGUGGAUCAUUCUUGAUACAUACGGGAAACUGUUGAGCGCGAAACACCCAGCAGUAUUUCAGUUCUUGGCACACUCAAACCAGUGCAACUGGCACCCAACUGGCACCUACUACUAUACCACGUUCAAAGGCACUUAAAUCUUUUGUCUUGCCCAUUCACCUUCUGAAUGGCACACAUACACAAUCCAUGUCUCAAUGGAUUAAAAAGGCUUAAAGAUCCUACUUUAACCUGUCUUCUCCCCUUCAUCUACACUGAUUGAAGUGGAUUUAUCAAGUGACAUCAAUAAGGGAUCAUACUGUAGCUUUCACCUGAUUCCCCUGGUCAGUCUAUGUCAUGGAAAGAGCAGGUGUCCUUUCAUUACUAACCCUCAUUACGUACUUGAAAUACAAAUAAGUGAAUAAUAAUCAGCUUUCACCUAUCAUCAACUAAUUCUUGAGCCAUUUGAUCGCUCUAGAUGAAGUAAGUCUAUGCAGAAUAACAUUAUCAUUACAUGACAUCUCUAUGAUGACCCGUACUGGCAUUUUCUGAUGGCUACUUCAUUGAGGAUAAAUGUACGUUCUAUGACUGUGAUAUGCAUUUAUCCCACCUCUUAAGAUGGAUGCACUAACUAACUGUAUGUCGCUCUGAAUAAAGGAAUCUGCUAAAUGACUUAAAUGUCAAAUAUAUGGUGUCAGCAUGACCACUUGGUCCCCAUAACGUGUCCCCAGAGUACUGAGGUUAUGAUGUGGCAGUAGGAGUGACAGGAGGACAUACAACAGGGCACUCAGUCCUGGACUUUGUUCUUCACUACAACUCACAGCCCCUUAUAUAUAUACUCCCAGCCCUGACACCUGCAGUACACACCCACUACCAGACACAAGGACAAGACACAAGCUAUCUUAAACAGGUAAGUCACUAGCUGCCUCUAGUCACAUAGGCUACAAUAUAUCAGGAAUGAGAAACUGACUCAAAUCUUUUCUCCAUUAACAGCCUAUAGCCCGGUUAUGAAGGUCCUCGUGGUGCUUGCGCUUGCUGUUUUCACUGGCUGCGAUGCCAAUGUUCUGUGGCAGGACCAGUCUAAGCAACAGCUGGAAGACGCAUUCUGGGACUAUGUUGCCGAGGCAACACUCACGGCUGACGAUGCCCUGCAGAAGAUCAGACAGUCAGAGGUGGCACACGAAGUCAACACCAGGAUCACAGAGAGUGCUGAUGCUGUGAGCCAGUACACUGUGGCCAUGCGUGGUCAGGUGACUCCUCUGACUCAGGACCUGCUGGCCAAGCUUUCCCAGGAGGCUGAGCAGCUGAAGGCUCGUCUGGAGAAAGACCUGAGCACCAUGACAGCCAAGCUGCAGCCCUACUCUGACGAGCUGAACGCGGACCUCCAGAGGCAGCUUGAGGAGAUGAAGAGGGACGUGACCACCUACGCAGAGGCCCUGGACUCCGACGCGCUGAAGGCUUCUCUGCUCCAGAAGAGUGAGGAGCUGAAGGGAAACCUGGAGAAGAGUGUGCAGCAGCUGCAGGCCCAGUUGGGCCCUUACACUGAGGAGUUGAAGCAGAAAAUGGACCAGAACCUGGAGGAGUUCCAGAGGAGCAUGAUUCCUCUGACCCAAAGCUUCCAGACCCAGCUGACCCAGAGAACCCAGGAGGUCCAGCAGAACCUGGCCCCCUAUGGAGAGAAGCUGAAGAAGCUGGACCCAUUGGCCCAGGACCUGAAGACCCAACUGGCUGUUCUCUGGGACUCCUUCACCAAGAAGAUCCAGUAAUCGGACUGAUUAUACUUGGUCUCCUAGUCAUUUUCCAUCAAAGUCCAAAAGGGGCAAUAUGUAAAUGUACUGGUACAUACCACUACUAGGUUGUUUCACUGUAUCAGUUAUGGGACUCUCCAUCUCCUGACCAAUAUCUACAUGUGACUCAGGACUAUAUUUCAGUAUUACAGAGCUGUUAGAAAAGAAAUGUAGGAUUCUAUCAACAAUAGAUUAUUCACAUCUACUGUUGCUCUCUUGAGAAAGGUCUCAAUUUCUUCAAGCAAACGUUCUCAUAUCUCAGCAUGUUUAUUUAUUUAUUGUCGGUAUUAUCAUGUGUGAUUUCAAUAAAUGAAACUCAAGAAUCUGAA